AUGCUCACCUUCUCAACUUCUUUGGCAAGCGAACCAUUGAAUUGGGCUCUAGAUGUGGCCCUGUUGGAAUGGGAGGGACUCUUCUUGCUUUGCCUGGACAUCAUUCUUACUGAUAUAGCCCCAGUCAUGCUUGCACUCAAGUGUAACCACAAAUACAAUAAACCCACACUUGGAAAAAACUUGAAGAUCAAAACCCUAAACCUUUCUUUCGAUUUCGUCAUCGCCAAUGAUGUCGUUUACAUAGAGGAGUCUGUUGGUCCACUUGUUUCUGCCAUGGAAGCUCUUGUGUGGAAUUCUGGUGUCGUGUUGUUGGGUUACCAAUUGAGGUCACUGGAGGCUCACCGGUUGUUUUGGGAAUUGUGUAAGAGAGUUUUCACGAUUGAGAAGAUGCCCCACAAGGAUUUGCACCCAGUUGUUCAAAACACCAUGGGGAUUGUUCAGACACCUUCUUACCCAGCUUAUGGAGGUUGA